GCACUGAUAGGUGGCCCUGACUGGCAGCACUGAUAGGUGGCCCUGACUGGCAGCACUGAUAGGUGGCCCUGACAGGUGGCACUGAAAGGCAGCUCAGAUGGGCACUGAUAUGUGACAUUGAUGUGCACUGGUAGGCACGGAUAUGUGGCAUUGAUGUGGCACUGCAGGUGGCAUGGAUGAGCACUGAUGGACACUGACAGGUGGCACUGCUGGGGCUACACUGAUCAUCAGGGCACAUUGAUCAUCAGUGCUCUGAUGAUCAGUGUACAUGUCCCCUCUAAGGGCGUGACAGCUCGUGAGGAGAGAAAUGCUGAUAACCAGCAUUUCCCUGUUUACAUGUGAUCA